AUGGCCAAAGUUAUGUCAUAUCAAGAUGAAGAGUACGAAGCCUCUAAUGCAAAUGCACCUUCUAACUCUCGAGGUCAUGAACCUCGAGGGUCAAUACAACAAAAUCAAGAUGAACAAAUUACGACAUUAAAUUUGGCAGGUCUUUCGGUUUUAAUGUAUAAGAAAAAGGGAGAAAUCAUUUAUAGAUUAGCGGACAAUAUGUCUGUUAAUUCGUUAUCAAAUGAACAGAGAGAAAAACUUUUAAGAGAAAUAAAAGCACUUCAUGAUUCCUCAUCUAAAGGACCUACUAAAAUGAUUAAUGAUCUCUCAUUAAGAUCUACAAGGAGAUAUAAUAAAACUGGAAGAUAUUCUAAAAAAAGAUCAGUAAUGGAUGAAGAGGAAUCAACGUAUAAUCAAUCUUAUACCCAAUCAUAUUAUACUCAACCUAUACCUAUGAAUCCAACCGGAACUUACUACCCUAGUGUAACAAAUGUGACAAAUAUAAAUAUGACAAAUGUGACAAAUUCGACAAAUGCGGCGACACUUGCUUCACGUUUAACGAUGCCAUCAUAUUAUUCUGGUAUGCACUCAAUUAAUUCUACGAUACCUCAAGGAGUAAAGAGAUCAUAUUCUGUAACAGAUAAGGAACGAACUGAGCGUACAAUGGAAGAAUAUCAACAUCACGCAGAUGUUGUUCAAAGAUUUGAUGCAGCUAUAAAAGCCGAUCAAAUGUCAGUCAUACAACCAGAUUAUAAAACUCCAUUCCGAUCUUAUCAGGAUGCAGUUGCAAGACUUUUACCAUAUCAUAUAUUUGAUUAUCCUGAUGAAGAUAUGAAAAAUAAUGAUCAGACAACAGAAUUAGAUUCAACAAAAAUUGCAUUAAAAUUUUAUAAGAAACGAAAAGUAGUUUUUGAUAAAUAUAAUGAAAUUAUCAAGAGAGAAGCAGAGAAACCAUGUUCUAUUGCUUUGACUAAUUUAUGUGAACGAUUAGUCAAUGAAGAUUAUCGUACAUCAAAUAAUGUUCUUAAAGAAGAAGGACGUUGUAUAAUAUAG